AUGUCGCAGGGUAGCAAGAGGAAGGCCACGGAGGCCUUCGAAGCCGUUCAGGACCACGAGCAGCAAACAUCAAAGAAGCGGAGGAAUCGUAAGAACAAGCACAAGCGCCAGGAAUCCGGCGACAACGACGAUGCUGCCCAACAGCUUCAGCGGGAAUCACAGCAGUCAGGGAUCAAUUCGCCUUCACCUGUCGGCGACCCGGCAUUCGCUACUUCCGCAGUCAGAAAGCCCAAGAGGCGCAAAAGCAAACGCAAGGACCAGCCAUCCUCUGAAGCAAGCCCACCGGUGGAGACUUCAGACGAACGACGGGAUGGUGAGCCUACCGAGCCGCUUGGAGGAGACGACCAUCUACGACAGAAUGAUGAUAUGCACGGCAGAAAGGAGCCGGAAUCGCAGAGGAAAAGGAAGAAGAACCGAAGGGGUGGCAAGAGAUUGAAUAAGCACGCCGACCAAGACAAGGACAUCUCUGCUGGACUUGAAGCACGAAUUGAACGCCCAGAGGUGGUCGAUCUUGCUCAAAUCGCUCAAGCACUCGAACGCGUGAGCAACUCUUCAGACGAUGUAGCAUCUGUUGAAAGACUUGCCAAAUCCAGGCCGCUCGAAGACCGAAUCGAGAAGCCUACGGUGCCCAAAAAGAGGAGGAAGCAUAGGCCCAAGUCAAGGCCAGACGAAGCGCUCGUCAGCGAUCAAGAAUGGUCGUUAUCAGACGCCACAGCUGGAUCUUUCUUAAUCCAAGAUCCUCUUCUCACAGAUGACGACAAGCAUGUCAUACUGCCUACUCGGAACGGAGUACGCAUCUACUCAGCAGCAACUUCCUUACUUGUCAGGACACUUUCCAUGGGUCAUCGAACAAUCUCAACAUGCACGUUCGCCAAAUCCGACCCAGCCAUACUUUUCGUUGGGAAUACCGACGGAACAAUCACUCAAUGGGACUGGACUAGUGGUCGACUACUGCAUCAAUGGAAGUCCUCCAAAGGUCUGCGACGUCUGAUAUCCAUGAUUUCAAGAGGACCUGCCGAUUCCGAACUUGUCAUAGCACUCCAUGACCCGACUUUCGAGGACCGACGUCUCAUUGUCUAUGCACUUGAUCCAGAUAACAAAAAGGCGACGAACAUACAGCUACUCAUGUCGAGGACUGGACUCAAUCCCGAGAUCCAGCUUUUCGAGGAGGCAGGCAUCAUUAUCGUCUCUGCUCUUAGCCGUCUCAUUAUUGGCAGUUCAACGAGCUUCCAGAUCCCCAACUACACACAGUCCACUCCAACAUGGCGGGAAUUCCCUCUCCCGAGCAACGUCUCAUGCGUCGAUGGCAGAGUCUCUGACGUCCAAGCCAAACCACCACGCAAGCGACUGGAUGUCGUCGUCGGCCUCAAUGACGGAUCCAUCUUGCUCUACGAAGACUUGCUUCACAAGCUUGUCAGCAAGGAAAAGAAGAAAGAAGGGUCGAUCAAUGCUCGUUCCCUGAAUUGGCAUCGAGCUGCUGUCAAUACAGCCAAGUGGUCUCGCGACGGCAAUUAUGUGAUCUCUGGUGGCAGCGAGACCGUCCUUGUCAUCUGGCAGCUCGAUACCAACAAGCAGCAAUUCCUGCCUCAUUUGUCCACCGACAUCGUGCGGUUGACUGUGUCGAAGAGAGGCUCUUCGUAUGCUCUUCACCUUGGCGACAACUCCAUCAUGGUUCUUUCGACGUCAGACUUGUCACCAACGGCCAAUAUAGCACUCUUGGCCGGCGGUCGUGCUCUGAACGGCAGGAUGCCAACGGUCGCAGACCACACAAAAGCCGGCCAUCUGCUAGCAGCAGUGCCACGAGCGAAUACGUCGUCAGAUCAGACUUCCAUUUUGCAGACCUACGAUUUCUCGUCAGAUAUGCAGAUCUCACGUCAAGCUCUGACUCGCAAUCUGACAACCACCGUCAAUGUCGGUCCCGAAGGACAGCAGAUCAAAGAGCCCAGUAUAUCACAUCUUGGUAUGAGCUAUGAAGGGCGGUGGCUUAUGACUACGGAGCAGUGGCGCCCAGCCGUUCGUGAUUCGAGUGGUGUCCUUCUCGCCGAGGACGCAGACUCUAGCCGCCGGGGCUUCGAGACGUCCUUGAGAUUCUGGUCCAGAAACGAAGAUGAGAACGACUGGGAGCUCGUCAAUCGGGUAGAUCAGCCUCACGAGUCCAGCAAGAUUCUGGCCUUGUCACAAAAUCCUGCCCGUGUCGAGUUUGCCACUACAGCUAGCGAUGGCACUGUGUUGUAUUGGACGCCGAAGGCCCGGAGACGUGACGGCGUUCCAGUGAGGAACCAGAGCGGACAGCAGCUGUAUAAUUGGGGCGUCGCCCGAGCUGUUUCCUGUGUCGUUGGGUCCAAUAUAACCGCGGCCGCACUGUCGUACUCUCAAGAUGGCAGUGUUGUAGCAGCGUCAUACAUGACUUCUGCUGGCCCGCAGUGGACCUACCUGAUUCCGGACGCAGCCGACUUGCCCAUGCACGGUGUGACUGCAUUAUUCAACUCGAUCAGAUCGAGCAUUGCAACGACCUUUGUCGACCAACACCUCCUUACCCUUACGUCGACAAGCUUCACCGUAUAUGACACUGUCAACUCUAGCAUCAUUAAAUCCAUCUCGUUGGGCGGCGAUCUGUCACUACAGUCCGAAUCGAAAUGCCACCACCUGGCCGCCAAUCCCCUUGACGGGACAUUCGCGCUCGGCCUGAACCCAUCAGAAGACAUCUUGCCCGGUAGAGUACUCGUGUUCGAUCUACGGGCAGCAUUGGACGACCUAGAUCCGAGUCUUGGAACUAGUGAGCUCCACGACGUUACCUCUCCUGCUGUACUCUUCGACGGACUCGUUGACGGGCAAAUCACUUCUCUGCUCGCCUCGCCAACAUCGCCUGGCUACAUUGUCAUUGACAGCAGUUCCGAGAUCAGACAAGUCCGGGCUGGUUUCUCCAGCAGCAGGAGAUCAAAGUCCGGACCCGGCUACAAGCAGGAUUCGUUCAAGGGGCUGGACGCAAUCUUUGGCAAGUCUUCACCCGCAGAACAGUCCGAGGCACAGAGCCAGCCACCUGCACUGGACACUGAUGUAAUGGAAAUUGACGAAGAGGUUACAGCUGGUAGACCUAAGACUAUUGACAACAUCUUCGGAUUCCAGAGCUCGACUGAGGUGCCGAGUGUGCACGACCUGUUUGAGCGUGUAGUGAGCUUGUUCAGGAAGCCGGAGGCUCAAUGGUCUACAACACAGACGCAAGUCGUGCGCGACUAG